UCGGCCAUCUAAUUCUUGUUCAAUGAAAACAACAGUAAAGGAAGGCGGAAUAAGAGCUGGCGGUUCCGGUUUACUUAAGAAGUAAGUAAUUGUAUAGCGCCCCUUGCGGUUGUGGUGGAGACACGCAGGCACCUGACGUUGCAUUCUAUUGACAGUGGAGUGGACGUUGGUGGUGUUGCACGUCAUUUACUACAGAGGGCGCUGUAGCUAAAAGCACCAACACUUGAAACAGUGGCGGUUAGCAGGCGGCUCGGAGCGGGACCCUUGAAAACAAAAACAAUUCCCCGUGUGUGCGGUUGUCAGCUCCCCGUAAGUAGCGGGUAUGCUGUUUAAAGAUUAUUUUACCUAUCCCUAUUACCUAUAUAAUAAAGUAAAAAGGUUUUGUUUUUAAACGAAAGAGGCAGACAUAUUGGUUAGUGAUUUGUUAGCGUUUCUCUGCCAACAAACCGCUGCAUGUGUGUGUAGCUAAACGUCAGCGACAGAAACAGGAGGUAUAGCGUCAAAAAUGCCUCCCAAGAAGUAUCAGCUGAAGACGGCAGCGGCCAACGCUUCCACCUCGCUGGAGCCCGAGUCUGAGGACAUCAGCCUGGAGACGACCGUGCCCACCACCGAGGACGUGUCCUCGUCUGACGAGCAGCGGGGCGGCUCCCAGAAGCCGACCCGUCAGCUGCUGGAGAGGAAGGAGCUGCUGUACAGCGUCCAGCUGCUGAAGAUCGAGCUGUCUCAGAAAAAUCUCACCAUAGACAACAUGAAGGCCGACCACAUGUCCAAGAUUGAUGAGAUGGAGGAGAAGCUGAAUGACACCAUACAUCAGAAACAAGUGUUGGCCCUGAGACUGGACAGCCAGCUGAAACUCGCUCAGGAAGAAAGCAGAAGGGAGCAGGCUCUGCGGAAGCAGGAGAUGGAGACCCUUCUGCUCAAGCAGCAGCAGCUGGAGGAGACAAACCGACAGCUGUGUGAAAAGGCUGGAGAGCUGCGGAAGUCUCUCAGGGAUCUGGAAAUCUCCCAGGACAAGUACCAGGAGCUCCGUGACCUCCCUGAAGACACCAUCUCCAUACAGGAAUACGUAGCUAUGCGUUUCUACGAGGUGGUGACUCCUCUCCGGGCUCAGCUGGCUGAGCUCAGUGUUAAGAAGGGCAGUUUGACUGAAGAGCUGGACACACACAGAAGUCAGAUGAAGGCUUUGAUGGAGAGCUACGAGGAGGAGCGGCGUCUGCGUGCUGAGCUAGAAUUGAGGAGCCAGAGACUGACACUGGAACUGGCUGAUACCAAGCAGCAGAUCCAGGAAGGAGACUACCGCCUCGUCAACUACCCGAACAUCAAACGAGAUUGUGACAGUUUUGAACGAGAGCUGAGGGAGUUAAAGAGGAGAUUUGAAACACUGGACCUGACUCACACUGCAGUGACCAGAGAAAGGGACUCACUCAGUAAAGAGGUGGCAACAUUGCAGCAGACAGUGACUUUACUAGAGAAAGACAAGGACUACCUCCACAGGCAGAACAUGGAGCUAAAUGUCCGCUGUGCACAUGAAGAGGACCGCCUAGAAAGACUUCAGGUGCAAUUAGAAGACACCAAGAGGGCCAGGGAGGACACCUAUGAAAAAUAUGUAGCAUCCAGAGACCAUUAUAAGAUGGAGUAUGAGAACAAGUUAAGAGAGGAGUUGGAGAACAUCAGACUGAAAACCCAUCAGGAGAUUGACAACCUGCAGAGAACCUCCAGGGAGAUGUACGAAAGAGAGAACAGGAAUCUGCGUGAGUCCAGAGACGAUGCAGUGCUGGAGAAAGACAGAGCUGUGGCAGCUGAGAGAGACACUCAGUCCAGAUACGAUCAGCUGCUGGAACAGUACCGUCAGCUCCAGCUGGGAACUGACAGCCGGGUAGCCGAGCUCUCAAACCAGGCCAAGCUGCACUCCUUCGAAGCCGAACGCGCUCAGAUGGUCAAGGAGGAGACGGCGAAGUCUCUGGCACAGUGUCAGGUGGAGUGUGAGAAACAACAGAAGAAACUGGAGCUCCUCACUCAGGAGUUUUACAGGCUGCAGACGUCAUCAGACAAGCAGGUCGUGGAGCUGCAAGCUCGGAAUGCCGAGCAGGCUUCUCGCCUGGAGACAUACGAAAAACUGGAGCAGGAGUUAGAUCAAGUCACAAUGCAGGCUGCUGAGAUUGAGGACGAAGAGGAGGCAGAGAGAGUUUUGUUCUCAUAUGGCUAUGGAGCCAAUGUUCCCACAACGGCCAAAAGAAGACUAAAGCAGAGCGUUCACCUGGCCCGCAGGGUGUUACAGCUCGAGCGGCAGAACACGACACUGAGGAGAGAGCUGGAGAGACACGAGUCACAGUCGGGACGGAUAUCCGAGGAGUUGUCGGCAGCCAAUCGUCUGUUGGACCAGACGCAGCAGCCCUAUAGCUACCUGAUCGAGACCGCCCGACAAAAGGAGGCACAGAUCGGCGCGCUGAAGGAACGCGUCUCGUCGCUCGAGGACGACGUGAGUUCUCUGAGGAAAGAGCGGAAUGGUCUGCAGCAGGUGAAGAACAACAUGGCCGCUGAUCUGGAGAGACUCCUUAACCAUCAAGAGGAGUUAGCCGUGAUGAAGCAGGUCCUGAUCAGAAUGCAGUCCGGAGAGGGAGACUCUCUGGACCUGCUGGACACAGCCAAACCUAGCGUCACGACCUCUGGUGCAGGAAAACAGCAGACCAAACGUAUCAACAAGGCUGCAGUGGAGGAGUCGCCAAACAAACCCAAACCUAUUGUAUUUACCAAUAAACAAGUUCCGGACUGGUACCAAAAGCCGAGGCACAAAUAAACAGCCGUUUAUUUUACCACUGCUGCUGUUAAUUGUCGAGCACUCAGGUCAAACUAUCUUUUAAUUUGUCAAAAAUGUUUGUAUUUAAAACCUGUGAAUUACACUUUUAUACAAAAACGCAGAAACCUGUUGUUGUCCGUGUUUUGUUCUCCACCUUGGUAACAGAUUAUUCAGAGAGGAUAAAUUCUCCACGCACUGGUCCAAAACCAGAGGUAGUACCUUCCACGGGGUACACAUUCCUAACUAACUGACUGCCCAAGAAUUUCUCUUUCUUGGCAGCACUCGGUUUUAUUAGGUCUGUCUAUCAUUAUUUCUUCAUCUUUUCCAGGUUUGCAGAUACUGGUGGCCACAAACAGCAUUUGAAGGAAGCUUAGCCCUUGAUUUGCCCAAGCUGAGGCUCCUUUGGCUUUAAAUAUAGACAUAGCAAGCAUACCUUUUAUCAUUUCAGACCAUGUUCUUAUCGGUGUCAUAUUAAACAUGGCCAGAUGACUGCUGCGUUUGUCACUUUUCCCCAUCGGAGUGCCUUUUCUAAAUCGACCCUGUAGUACGGCACAAUACACCGCCUGAUUAUCUUGUUAUACUUGAUAACUAGAGCAAACAUCACAUCAGAACUUAAAGCGUGCCUGUCACUUGUAUGUCUUAUCGAUUUAUGUACACAUUGCACAAUGUGUUGGAUAUCUGCAGGCCCCCUUUAUCUCUAAAUUUCAGUUGCUCAAUGUAUUUUCCAUAAUAGAGCACAAGGUGUGAAAAUGUGUGACUGUUCGUCCUAAACAAGAGGGUUCUCUUAUUUUAAAAUCGUUUUAAUAAAAGAGCACUCCGCAAUCUCGGUGCGAGGUAAUACUUAUUUGAAUUGUUAGGAUAUUAAAUAUCACUGCUUCUGCUGCGUUGAUUGUGGCUAUUCUUAUUUUGACGUAUGCCCCUCUGAGAAAUAUGCUGCCUCCAGACACGUGCGGAACUCUUGGGAUUCUCCAGAGAGACUGUAUGUGUGAACACAAAUGUCCGCUGAAGUCGAUCUGGAGAUUCUCCUGCCAGCUUCUCGUGAGUGAGAGCCCGUGUGAGAACACAGCAGGGAAAACUCUGGAGAAUCCACAGCGAGUGAAAGUGCAAGUGCCCUGCUUCGUCCAAGCUCAAGCCCCUACAUCCUCCUGCUGUCUCAUCCAGACAACGUCCUGCUGCUGUCGUUAUACGUAAGUGGCAAACCCAAACAGUUCAUGUAUGAAAACAACAUGAGAAAACCACACCAGUGUUUCCCAAACUUCUUACAAGCCCAUUUUUUUACUCAUUUUACAAAAUAUUGUGACCCAAAUCACAAAUUAAAUUAUGAUCAGGGAAAAUUUGCUAUAUCUGUUGCACUUUUUGAAAUUUUUGGUAAAUGAAAUACAAUUCCAUUUUAUGCAUGUUAUUUCAAACAUAUACACUAAAAAAAAUUGAACUAAAGGGUUGGGGAAAAUUCUGUCUAAGGAUCCCCCAAAAAAAUCCCCCGCCACCUGUUUGUGGGUCCCGACCCAUUCUUUGGAAUAACUGACCUAUAAUAUAUAAUAUAUAUCUGUCAAGAUAGACAUUUGUCUGAUGGUAGCUUUAACCGUUUAUAAUUAAUAUAUAUCGAUAUAAUACAUAUAUAGAUAUAGAUACCCAACAUAUACUGUAACACAUACAUUUCAACUUAAAUGCAGUAUUAAUGGUCCAUAUAAUGUAUGAUGUUUUAUUUUUUUUUAAGGACUUGUUUAUAUUUUGGUGUUAAAAUGUACAAGAUAAAUGGAUGGU